UUCUCGGGCCAGGCAGGUCGCUUAAUAGGUGGCAGCACAGCGACAUGGUCUGUGAGGGGACGGAGGCAUGCAAGUUGGAAGCAACAGCGGUUUCUGCCGCUUUCUCCCGCGGCUCUGCCUCCUUGUCUUGCCACUUUUUUUGGUCCUACAACUGCUGGUCGGACUGAGGGUGCCGGGUUCUCGCCGGGUCGGUUCCUCGAACGAAGAGUUUGGCUUUACCAUCAUUAGCAUCGCGAAUGGUCGUAGUGCCAUCUCGCCGGACAAGAGUGCCGAUGCAUGGGUCGAUGAGAGCGGGGGACCGGAGCUGUGGGACGAGGAGGUGGGGCCAAGGACGGUCUCUGGCCUAAUCGGGUAUGAGGACGAAAACGAAAUGACCACACGGCAGGGGCACAUUGGCCGGCAGGUGGAGCUGCAGCCCUGGGCAGUCGGGCAGCCAUCAUUCACAGCGGAAAUGGAGCGAUUCAUCUCUUAUAUCACCACCCCCCAGAUGGAAUGCAGGCAGAUGCUAGUUCCUGGGGAUGCCCAGGAUGGGAAGACUACAGAACACCUGUGGGCCCUGUGUGUGGAGGGCUGGACUCUGCCAGCAGCAAAGCCACAAUCAUGUGUUUCCUACUCUUUCAGUAUGGGACAAAAGGAUGAGGCGUUUGUGAAGAGGAUGUUGUGGGCAGGGUGUGAGAUGCACCAGUUUGACCCAGGCAGGAGACAGCUGUCUGGUCCUGGUCCAGUCCACCGACACCAUACCUGGCUGGAUUGGCGCAGCGCGCGUGCUGGCCAGCAAGCCAGGCUCAGGGACGCCACGCCCAGAAAGCUUAGCGCCAUCAUGGACGUGCUGGGACAUGGCAAGGUCCAGUUCAUCAAUGCAGACCUGGAGAGUGCAGAAUGGAAAGUUCUGGAGAGCUGGGUCAUGGACGGCACCCUGGGUCGGAUCCAGCAGCUGGUUCUGACAGUACACUUGCAAUGGGCUGGUUUUGAGGUUGGGGGCAAUAAUGCGGAGGUGAUAAGAUUCUGGUACAGCAUGGUUCGGGCACUGUCCAUGGCCGGGUUUCGCCUGUUGCACAGCUUCAAAGGACCGGGUCUGACUAUACUGGGGCAUACUCUGCCGGACAUACACAGCACAUACACUCUAAGCUGGGUCAACUCCAGGGACGCCACUAAGUCUUACGUUCCCCAAAAAACCAACAAGUGACUCAUCUUCUCACUCAGUCUCCACACAUUGAGUUUCUCGAAUGGUACAUUGGAUGUUGAUGACAUUUGACAGCACAGAAAUGAAGUCAUCAUUGAAAGCUGCGAAGCAAUGAAGAAUCAAAAUUCUACUCUUUUGGCUAUUAAACAUCUCCAGGAUGCCAUACAAAUAAUGAAGUUUUGCCACAGCGUUUUGAUUUUUUUUUUUUGCUGCUUUGAGUUUUUAUCCUGUUAUGUUGCGUUUGUCGCAGCCCAGAUCUGAACAUCAUGUACUGCAGAUGAAGUAAGUGCAGUAGGCUACCAGGGUUGAACAGGAGCUACUGCCUCUAGUGGCAGUGUUACGGUAUUGCCCUUGUUACUGUAUCCUGCCCCAUGUCCUGAGGGAGCGUAGAGUUUGAGACUAAUGUGCAAUCGGCUGCGGAUGAUGUGCAGUGCAGAUUGACUUUUCAUAAACUAUUUUUUUCGUGUCAGAUUUUCAGAUUUUUUUUACAUUUUGUUACAUUUUGUCAUUUGUAAUACAUAAAUAAAAAUUUGCCUUGGACGGUU